UGGAUGUAGUUGCAGGUGGCCCGAGUGACUGACAGGGAAAAAGGGGCAUUCGGGGAAAACCGCUGCGCGAGGCACGGCGGGAAGAGAGGCGGGAGGCGGCGCGGGGCAUCCCGGGAGCAAGGGCCUCGGCGCGGGGCAUUGUGGGAGGUGGACACCGCCUCGGGGCGGGUAGAUGCCCCAGGAUGGAGCCCCCACCUGGCAUGGCGGUAGGGCCGGAGGAGCAGGAGGAGCAGGAGCUGCUGGAGCGGGCCUUCUUCUCGUGGGCUGAGUUCAGCCGCUUCUUCGACACGUGGUGCCAACAGCGCCUGGCGCUCUUCUUCGUCCAGAGCUCCAUGCACCUGACACGCUGCCACUGGGCCAGGUUGCCCCCGCUGUACACGCUCAUUGACGUGCUCAAGUACAGCUACGUGCGGCUGGUGUGCAAGGACGUGCGUGCUCCCAGCCGGCCUGCCAUAGGGCACCACGAGGCCGGCUGCCCUGCCUUCAUCAUCGUCAAGCUGAGCCCACUGCGGGACCGCCUGGUGGUGACGGAGUGCCAGCUGACACACUCGCACCCAGCCUGCCCGAUCGAGUUCGCCUACUACUUCCGCCCGGGGCGCCUGCUGGCCAACACCUGCCUGCCAGUGCGCACCACCAACAAGAUCUCCAAGCAGUUCCUGGCGCCAGCCGAUGUGCACCGCCUGCUCUCCUACUGCAAGGACAGGGACCACAGCGUCAUCGAUGCCCUGCGCGUGCUCGAGGGGCUCUUCCACACCGACCCUGAGGCCAAGGUGAAGCUCGUGUUCAUGGAGAACCAGGCGGUGGUGGAGACGGUGUUUUUCCUGACGUCGCGCACUCGGGCGCUGCUGCGGCGCUUCCCGCGCAUGCUCCUAGUGGACCGGCUGCCCGGAUUGCAGGGCGCGCUGGACCUGUUGGCGGUGCUGUGCGUGGAUGGUGCUGGCCACGCACGCCAGGCCGCCUGCUGCGUGGCGCGCCCGGGGACACCGAGCCUGCUGCGCUUUGCCCUGGCCUCGCUGCUGCAGAGCGCGCCAGACGUCAAGGGCCGCGUGCGCUGCCUGACCGCGGGGCCCGAGGUGACCGCGCAGCUUCCCGCGGUACGCCAGCUGUUGCCAGGAGCGCGCGUGCAGAUCUGCCGCGCGCAGGGCCUCGAGACGCUCUUCAGCAAGGCGCAAGAGCUGGGCGGCGCGGGCCGUGAGGACCCCGGCCUGUGGCCGCGCUUGUGUCGUCUUGCCGGUGCCUUGUCACCUGCCGCCUACGCCGAGGCGCUGGCAGAGCUGCGCGCCCACGGCCCAGCCGCCUUCAUCGACUACUUUGAGCGUAACUGGGCGUCCCGCCGCGACAUGUGGGUGCGCUUUCGUGCAUUCGAGGCAGCCCGCGAUCUAGACGCGUGUGCCCUGGUACGCGGCCACCGCCGGCGCCUGCUGCGCCGCCUCAGCCCCUCGCGCAGUAUGGCACAAUGCCUUCGCGAUCUGGUGGCAAUGCAGUGGGCCGAUGCCUCCGGAGAGGUGACCCCCGAUGGCCCGGACCGUGAGGGACCUUGGCUGGAGGGCCAACCAUGGAAGGCGGCCCAGGUGGAGAACGAGAGGGGAAAGGGCCUGGAGAACGGAGACUGGGGAGGGGCCCCAAUUGAAGGAAGUAUUUGGAGAGGUGCCCAGUUGGAGGAGUGGGCCAGAGUCCUGGAGACCAGAGGCCGGGGUGGGGCUCCCUUAGAAAGUGAGAAGGGGAGAGGGCUGCAAAUCCAAUAUUGGAGAGGAGUCCACCUGGAGAACCAGAAAGUGAGAGGGCUGGAAGGGAGUGUCUGGAGACGGUCCCAGCUGGAGAAGGAGCGUCUGGCAGGGCCACAGAUCAGAGACUGGAGGGGGGCCCAGCUGGAGAGAGAGAGCGACUGGGGCCUGGAAGGGUACGUCUGGAGGCGGACCCACUCGGAGGACCAGGGGCUGAGAAGGUUGGAAGGCUACACCUGGAAGAUGGCCCGGCAGGAGGGUGAAAGGCUUCUCGCUCCACAGACCACAGAUGGGAGGAGGACCCAGCUCCAUCACGAUCACGAGAGGGCCAGGAUUCUCGAAGGGAGCACCCACAGGGGGGUCCAGGUGCGGGACGAAAAGCUCUCUGACCUGAAAACCAGGCACCAGAAGGGGCCUCAGGGGGGGGCAGAGAAGGGAGGGGAGCUGGAGGUAAGAAACUGGAGGGGGGCCCACUUGCAGAAGCCCCUGGAGUUGGUGCCUGAGAACAGAGACCCAAGGGGGUCCCACUGGGGAGCUGAGAGGAGAGGACCAGAAAUUAGAGAAGAGAAAGCUGUGAGAUCGGGGGUCAAAAGAAGAAGGGACCUGGGGGAGCUAGUUCUGGUCCAGCUCGGGGACACAAGGGUGACAAGCCUAGAGAAUGGAGGGAGAGGGGGGCCUCAGUCUGGGGGCCCCAGGAGCAGAGCAGAGCAAGGAAGGGAGCGUGCGGACCCAGGAGGAAGGUGUGUGGGGUUGGGGAACGGAGUCCUGUGCGGUGCCCCUGUGGGAACUGUGUUUAGGGGUGACCCAGGAUGGGCAGUGACAAGAAGAGUGUACCUGGCCACAGGGGACAGCCUGCAGGAAGGACGUGAAGGGGAAGGCCCCAGGGAACCAAAGAGACCUCGCUGCCCUUCAGGAGAGAAGGAGGUGGACUGGGAGCCACUGGCCAAGUUCCGAGCGGCCUGUGGGCCGGAGCUGGCAGAACUGGUGGCCGAGGAGCUGGCCUUUGCCAGGCAGCAUGGGACCCGGGGUUUCCACGUGACCGAAGCUGGCUUUGCCCUUAAGGAUGGCACCUCAGACUUCUUCCUGGACGGGGCCCUGACGCGCUGCAGCUGCUCCAUCCACGCCGCCCGGCGCCUGCCUUGCCGCCACCUCUUCGCAGCGCGCCUCCUCACCGGGGCAGCCUUAUUCCAUGCCGACCUGCUCAGGGACUGCUGGGGGAGAGCCCCGGAGUCCUGACCCUCAGGCCCCAGCCCGCGCCCCCUUCCACUGUGAGGGCGGGAGGGCAUUCUUCUAUCCCAAAGAUAGCAGGGGUGAGGCCAAGGAGGCCACCCCAGUGCCUCUGGCCACCUCCAGGGUCUCCCGGGGACCUCAUCUUGGCAAUUUGCCUCUCUGGGUCCGAGGGGAAGUUGUCAGUGGUCUGGAAGGGCCUGGAGCCACAGGUGUGGAAGAUUCAGCGGUGGCCAAGGUGGACUCUGAAGGCUUCCUGAGGACAUAAGGAAGAGGUCUAGACAGGGUCAGGCCGGGGCAGCAGGAAGAACGGGGCACACGGAGGGAGGGGAGCACAGCAGGCCCUGGGGACAGCCUGGCAGGAGUAGACCAGUCAAGUGCAGGCAGUGCAGCAGCGGGGAGUGGAAAAGCAGGAAA